AUGCUCCGCACUUCGCGCCAUGCGUUGAGAGGUAUCGUCUACGGGCUCCGGUCCUGGAACAGGCUCAUUGGCAUCCGCCAUGCCACGACUGCAGCCCGCGCUGUGCCCGCCGACGAACCUCCGGUCUCAGACUCGCCUGCGCCGCCGCCGCCGCCGAUAACGAGAUCCGGGAUACAGUUGCGCGAUUACCAGGAGGAAUGCAUUCAGAGCGUCCUCUCUUAUCUAGAGAAAGGUCAUAAGCGACUCGGAGUCUCGUUGGCGACCGGAAGUGGGAAGACGGUCAUUUUCACCCAGCUGAUUGACCGGGUCCCGCCUCCGAACGACGAUGCGACGCAGACACUCAUUCUAGCCCACCGCCGAGAGCUGGUCGAACAAGCCGCUCGCCACUGCAUAAAUGCCUACCCGGAGAAGACGGUUGAUAUUGAGAUGGGCAAUGUCCAUGCUUCAGGCGCAGCCGACAUCACUGUAGCCUCGGUCCAGAGCAUUAUGUCUAGUGAUCGAAUUGAAAAGUUCGACCCGAAAAGGUUCAAGCUCGUUCUGGUCGACGAAGCCCACCACAUUGUGGCUAGGCAGUACUUGGAAGCCCUGGAAUGGUUCGGGCUGAGGCACAAGACAGAAUCUAGCACUGCUCUGGUCGGAGUUUCAGCGACCUUUUCAAGAUUCGAUGGAAAGAAGCUGGGUGCCGUUAUUGACCACGUUGUCUAUCACAAGGAUUAUGUCCAGAUGAUUGAAGACAAAUGGCUGUCCGACGUAAUCUUCACUACAGUUGCCUCCAAGGCCGACAUUUCCAAAGUCAAGCUCGGGGCUAAUGGUGACUUCCACACCGCCUCCCUGUCCGAAGCGAUCAACACGAACGAGACGAACGAGAUCACGGUCCGUUCAUGGCUAGCGAAAGCCAGCGAUAGGCAUUCUACUCUGGUAUUCUGCGUUGACUUGGCACAUUUGUCAGAUUUGACGGCAACUUUCCGCAGGCACGGCUUUGACGCAAGAUUCGUCACCGGCGACACUCCCAAUAAAAUCCGAGCCGAACGCAUUGAUGCCUUCAAGCGGCGGGAGUAUCCGGUGCUCUUGAAUUGCGGAGUCUUCACCGAGGGCACUGAUAUUCCGAAUAUCGACUGCGUCAUUCUGGCCAGGCCGACGAGAUCGCGGAACUUGCUCAUCCAGAUGAUUGGCAGAGGGAUGCGUCUGCAUUCCGGCAAGGAGAACUGCCACAUCAUAGACAUGGUUGCGACGCUUGAAACGGGAAUCAUCACCACGCCUACUCUACUGGGGCUGGAUCCCGACGUCGUGCUGGACCAAGCUUCUGCGGAUGAUGCCAAGAAGAUUAAGGAGCGCAAGGAGGUAGAAAAGCUUCGCGAGCAAGAGCUUUCCCAGAUCCGGCCGGGCACACCAUCUGGCCCGACCGAGAUAAGAAGUACCGUCACAUUCACAGAGUACAGCUCUAUCCACGACUUGCUUGACGAUACUUCUGAAGAUCGCAUCGUACGGAAGAUUAGCAAUUACGCCGGCUAUCUUCUCGUGGAGCGGAAUGAUGAGGGACUUUUCAUCGUCAAGCAUACCAAACCCAUGCCUCAGUGGCAACGAAGGAAUGGUUCGGUUCCAUUCUACAAGCCGCUGGUCAUCGCUGAGGCGGAUACGCUAGAGCACGCGAUUCACAGUGCCGACACGUUCGCAGGGGAAACCUUCCCCUUGGUGUUCAUCGACAAGUGGGCACCCUGGCGCAAGAAGCCGGCAUCAGAGGCGCAGCUCGAGUUCCUCAACAAGCGGCGGGACAAGGACCACCAGUUGACGCAAGAGAACACGACCAAGGGCCGGGCGCAGGACAUGAUCACGCGCAUCAAACACGGUGCCAAAGCACGGUUCGAGAAGAUCCGGGUGCAGACUGCGAAGAGGGAGCGCGAGAAGGAGCGGGAGCGGCGGCAGCUGGAGAAGCUGAACCCCACGGUCAAGGUCGGGCCUCUGGCGCAGGAUAUGUGA